GGAAAAGUAAAUUUGUUAAUAUCAAUAUUAUUAUUAAUUAUUUCUGUAUAUCUCUUGUGGCGCAUUGGAGGAUAUUCCUAUAAUGUCCGUGGGUUUUUUCCAUAUAUCUACUAAUUCGCACGCUAGUAGAAAACUUUGGAAAACUAUUAUUUUUGUCGUUGUACGCGGGCUGUAACGUUCCCCCACCGCGAUGAUUAUUUGUUGUUUCCUGUCUCUAGGUGCUUCUCGAAAGUCAUGGUUGUCUGAAUUUUCUCCAUUUUCUUUGACUUUUGGAAUUUGAUAUUGAUAUGGAUGAUCAAAAAUGUAGCUAAAAAACACAAGGAAAACUGAUAACAAGAAGAUUAAUCUCAAUAAUGAUAACCUGUAAUGAAAUUAUAGGAAGGUCACUCAUUCUCGAUUUUUAGAAACUGUUUCUAAAUAGCUUGUGAUUAUUAUAUCCACCUUGUUAUAAUUUAUUCAUCAGAAUUCUGAAAAUUCUGAAAACUGGAAACAUUUGACUUGAACUGAUCAUGUUGACCAACACAUCAGUGUUAUCUGUGAGGCAGUAUUUCAAAACUAUAUUAGUUACUUCAAGAAAAAUGUCUUCCCAGCUAAACAAUGUAAUUGAUGAUGUGAUAAUAGAAGAUGUAGGAGAGAAUGGAAGAAUCAUAUUGAACAGACCUAAAGCUUUAAAUGCUCUCAAUUUGUCAAUGGUAAAAAAAAUAUAUCCAGUAUUGAGAGAUUGGGAAACAAAAAAAAAGAUAGUAUUAUUAAAAGGCACUGGUGAAAAAUCAUUUUGUGCAGGAGGAGAUGUGAGAGCUGUGAUAGAAGCAAACUUGAAAGGAGAUAAAUUAGGGCAAGAAUUUUUCAAAACAGAAUAUGCUACAAAUGGCUUGAUAGGAUCAUACAAAAUUCCAUACAUUUCUCUCAUUGAUGGUAUUGUAAUGGGUGGUGGUGUAGGGCUAUCUCUACAUGGACAAUAUAGGAUUGCUACAGAAAGAACUGUAUUUGCAAUGCCUGAAACACAAAUAGGUUUCUUCCCUGAUGUAGGAGGCUCAUAUUUUCUUCCUCGUUUGGAAGGCAAGCUUGGAUGGUAUUUAGCUUUAACUGGUCACAGGCUGAAAGGAUCAGAUGUUCUCAAAGCUGGUAUAGCUACUCAUUUUUGUAACAGUAAGGACAUCAAUGAAUUAGAAGAGAGUUUAAUGAAAUGUUCCAGUGCAAGAGAUAUAGAACAAGCAUUGAGAUGUUUUGAGAUGAAAGAUGUUCCUGAAUUUUCCUUAAAAUCUGUUCUUCCUAAAAUUGAUGAUUAUUUUUCUGCUGCAACCAUAGAAGAAAUCAUUAUUAAAUUGGAAAUGGAUAGUUCAAAGUGGGCUGAAGAAACUAUCAAACUCUUGAAUAAAAUGUCACCAACUAGCUUGAAAGUCACCCUCAAGCAACUUGAACUGGGAAAAACAAUGAAUCUGAAGGAAUGUCUUGAGCUUGAAUAUGCAAUGUCAGUGAAUUUUCUGAAUCACAGUGAUUUUUCUGAAGGUGUGAGGGCCCUUUUGAUUGAUAAAGACCAACAACCGAAAUGGAAACCACCAUCAUUAUCUGAAGUAUCUGAUGAAAUAGUGAAUAGUCAUUUUAGGAUUCCCAAUAAAGGAUCUGUAUUCAAUUCAAAAAUAUAAAUAAUCAAAAUUCAAG